CCUACUUUUCAUAAUCAAUUGACUUCCUUUUUGGGCGUUCUAGAUUUGCGGGUAGGAGCAACUGUGAUCACUUUAUUUGCUCUCUUUAACAAGAUUGCAGGAAUAUACGGAGUGAUUGCUAUCUUUCAAGGUGGAACGUUUUCACAAGUAUCACUAUAUUUGUACAGUUUAAUCACAUUAUUCCUCUUCCUUUGGGCUAUUCAAGGUAUAUCGGAUGAAGAUUCAUCAAAGGUGAUGCGCUACUCCCAUUUGUUCUUGGCCGAUCAUAUGCUCAGUACAGCUUGGACUUUAUAUUUUGGCUUAGCUUGGUUCCUUUUCAAUCCUCAUGAUGGGCAAAAACCCCCAUUAAACGAAUAUCAAGAAGGAUUGAUGGGUUUGAUCGAGAGCAUUGAAAGUCAAUAUGAAACGAGCAAACCUAUUCAUCAUACACCUUUGACUGGACAAGCACGCAUAGAUGCUGCUCAAAGGGUCUGGAAAGGUGAAAGAGGCUUUAGCGCUUUUGUGUUGAUCUUUGGAUGGAUGAUCAAAAUCUAUUUUGCUAUGAUUUUGUAUUCCUAUGCAAUGCACCUUCGUCAUGGCACAUAUCGUACUUUGCCUUUAUCAAAGCCAAGU